CGCUGGCUGUGUCUUUCCCCUCCUCCUCCCUUGGAAACCGAGAUGCCGUACAUGGCGCGCAUUGAUAGGCUCUGUCCGUAGUCCACGAGUAGGAGAGCAAGGGGAGUAGUGAGUUUGGCUAACGCUCUGCCGCCACCCACCUCCGCUGUUCCAGGGCCAGGGGGUUUACACCGCGCCGUAUGAGCCGAAAGUGCCCGCCGGCCAGCGGCAUCGACCCAGAGCCGCUGCCAGCCCAGGAGCCCGGCGGCCGGCAAGUGGCGACCAUUCGCAGUUUAAUUUAUGAAGCUGAAAGUGAAAAUCCCUGAAUGCAUCUUUGAAGAUGAGGCGAUUAAAUAAGAAAAAGGCGCUGAAUUUAAUGAAGGAGCUUGAUGCUUUCCCAAAGAUUCCUGAAAGUUAUAUUGAAACUUCAACAGCUGGUGGAACAGUUUCUAUAAUUGCCUUUACCACCAUUGCUCUAUUGUCCAUUAUGGAAUUUUUUGUCUAUCAGGACACAUGGAUGAAGUAUGAUUAUGAAGUGGAUAAAGAUUUUGCCAGCAAACUGAGAAUCAAUUUGGAUAUUACAGUAUCAAUGAAAUGCCAUUAUGUCGGUGCAGAUGUCCUGGACUUGGCUGAAACAAUGGUGGCUGCCUCAGAAGGGCUAAAAUAUGAACCAACUGUGUUUGAAUUAUCUUCUCGUCAGAAAAUGUGGCAAAGAACACUUCAAAAGAUUCGCAAAAAAGUGCAAGAAGAACACUCUCUUCAAGACCUUUUAUUCAAAAGUGCUUUUAAAGGCUCCCCAACUGCAUUGCCACCAAGGGAAGACAAAUUAUCUUAUCCACAUGAUGCCUGUAGAAUACAUGGACAUUUGUAUGUCAACAAAGUAGCAGGAAAUUUCCACAUAACUGUGGGCAAGGCAAUCCCUCACCCAAGAGGUCAUGCACAUAUGGCAGCUCUUGUUAGUCAUGAUGUGUACAAUUUUUCACAUCGAAUAGAUCACUAUUCAUUUGGAGAACCAAUUCCAGGAAUUAUCAAUCCACUAGAUGGAACAGAAAAAAUUGCUAUUGAUCAUAAUCAGAUGUUUCAAUACUUCAUCACAAUUGUGCCAACGAAACUGAAUACUUACAAAUUCUCAGCAGAAACCCAUCAGUAUUCAGUCACAGAGAGGGAGCGAGUGAUUAAUCAUGCGGCAGGCAGCCAUGGAGUUUCGGGUAUUUUCAUAAAAUAUGAUAUUAGCUCCUUGAUGGUUACUGUGACUGAGCAGCACAUGCCUUUAGGGCAGUUCUUAGUAAGGUUGUGUGGAAUCAUAGGGGGAAUCUUCUCAACAACAGGCAUGCUGCAUGGAUUCGUGGGUUUUUUAGUUGAUGUCAUCUGUUGCCGUUUCAAGAUUGGAGCUUACAAGCCUAAAGCUGUAACUGCACUCGAUGGCCACAUAAAUAAUCACUCCCUUCCGAUUUUAAAUGACUUUGAACACUAGCAUUAAGCCAGGAUGGAAAAAAAUGAUCAAAAGCUAUCCUCAACUUUUGGUGUGUGCAAAAAAACAUUUUCGGAUUGCACAAACUUUUGUCGAAAUAAAUUGUUAGUUACAUUCUAACUUCUACAGUCUCAAUACCACUCAACACAUUACUGAUCAAGUUGUUUAUUUUUUACCUCCAGAUGAUGGUCUGCCUUUUAAAUUGUUUAGUGUUUUAUUUCAAAGAAAUUCGGAAAGAUUAUUUAUCAAGUCAUACCAUAAUCUUCAGAUGAUGGACUGGUUACUAUAUUCAAUGUCUUCAUUUAAAAUAAAGGGAAAAUGAUCUGUACUUUGUGGUCAUACUUCAACAAUUAGAUGACUGGAGUGACAUUUAUUUAUACAACAAUUCAAUUUGUAAUGGUAUAAAUUUAUUCCACAGCUUCUGUGAAUGGUUAAAAUGUCCAAACACAGGAAGGUUUGUAUCAAAUUCUUGCUGUAACCAUAUUAGGAAUAAAUUGAUACAGGGAGUUGUGCUAUGCAGAACAAUAUUGCUGCUGAUUCCCUACCUUUGUUAAGAAUAAAAGAUGUCCUACAUCCUGAUUGGUUAAAGGCAAGAAAUUUUAGCAGCAUGACUGACCAUGUUAUAUAUUGUGUCCAUAUAUUUAUCAUUGAAUUCUUCCCUACUGUUUUAUAGACAAAACUUGAUUGUAAAUUCAUCUGAAUCACAGUAAUUAAAAAUUAUUAAUGCAUGGUCUGUCACUGACUAUUGCUGCUAAAAGCAGCUGGUUCUUGUCAUUAGGUUGAAUUAGAACAGCUGCCUUUCAAUUAGAGAAUACUGGUAGUUUCUUUUCUAAAUAUGUUUCCAACAUUAUCAGUAGGUUGGUAAUAUGGCAUUUCAAAAAAAGGUCAGAUUUUCUAGAUCUUUUUGUGGAUGCCUAAAUGUUUGUAUUCAUACUAUUGUAACAUCUCUACAGCCAUAGGUGGGAAUGAGUGUUGUAUGUAAACUGAAUAAAAAGGUAUUUAGCAUAUGAAGCAAAAUGUGUGGUGCAGGCAGGUGUGUGAAAUCUACAUCAAUAGAUUACUGCCAGUGUUUUUCAAUUGAUAUAAAUAUAUUCUGAAAAAUAUAAUUAAAGUUAAUUUUAAGAAAUGGUAUUUGUUCCUCUGUUAGAGCCAAUUGUCAUAUUCAUGGAACAGCUAGUUGAGAGCUCUGUCAUUACUGAUUGUAUAUUUUGAAGUCCAUGCUCAUUGUGUACACUAAAUUUAGUAGUACCUAAAAAGAACCUUACCUUGUAGCUUCUAAAUACCCAUGUAUUUUCAAUCACAGGUAUCAAAAAUUAGAUGUUUAUAACAAACUUAUGUUGUAGGUUUUAUUGAAAUCUGUUAAUGUGUUUGCAGGAUUAAUUUUGGAGGUUUGAUUUUUUUUAAAGAAUGGAAUAGUAUUUUGUUAAUGAGGGAAAUUAAUAUAAGAAUGCACAUUUUCAGUUAAUAUUCUUUGUAAUAUCUUUGAGCUUAAUACUUGUUUGAAAUUAAUAGAUCUUAACCUGCAGCAGGGAAUGUUUAUCAUAAUCAGAGGAUAUGGUUGGUAAAUCUUGCAGUUUUUAAAUCCCAUAAUUUAUAAUGUAGACCAAGAAGCUGUAUUGCAUUAAUUUGACUUGCUCUGUUCUGGUUAACCUAUCAAUUUAUAAAAUGCAUUUUUAAUCUAAUUUGUUGCUGUUUCUCUAAGGUAACAAAUAUUGAAUAAUGAAUAACAUUUGCUUUUCAUUGCUGUAUCACAUGCUGAUGUACAUUAGUUUUACAAUGAAGAACUAAAAUCCUCCAAUUGCAUACUUUUAAGAUGGUA